AUGGCGACGUUGUCAGUGUGUCGGCCGCCAGUCGGAGGUUUCAGUUUCGAAAACUGCAAAAGAAAUGCAGUUUUGGAAAAUGAAGUUAGCAAAUUGGGAUGCAACUUGCCUGCUGCCCGCAAAACCGGCACUACUAUCUGUGGCGUCGUUUUCAAGGAUGGCAUCGUCCUUGGAGCUGACACAAGAGCGACUGAGGGCAUGGUGGUGGCAGACAAGAACUGCUCCAAGAUCCACUACAUUUCCCCCAACAUUUAUUGUUGUGGAGCAGGUACAGCUGCAGAUACAGAGAUGACCACUCAGAUCAUCUCCUCCAACCUCGAGCUACACUCCCUCUCCACAGGCAGACUGCCUCGUGUAGCCACUGCUAACCGCAUGCUGAAGCAGAUGCUCUUCAGGUACCAGGGUUACAUUGGUGCUGCUCUGGUUCUGGGUGGAGUCGACUGUAUGGGCCCUCACCUUUACAGUAUUUACCCUCACGGCUCCACUGACAAGCUACCCUACGUCACUAUGGGCUCCGGGUCCCUUGCUGCCAUGGCAGUGUUUGAGGACCGCUACAAGCCUGACAUGGAGGAGGAAGAAGCCAAGCAGCUGGUGCGGGAUGCCAUUGCAGCAGGCAUCUUCAAUGACCUGGGCUCUGGCAGUAAUGUUGACCUGUGUGUCAUCAUGAAGGGCAAGGUGGACUACCUGCGGCCUCACGAUGAGGCCAACAAGAAGGGGGUCAGGACUGGUGAGUACAAGUACAAAAGAGGAACAACUGGGGUCUUGUCGAAGACGGUAACCCCACUGGACCUGGACGUGGUGGAGGAGACUGUACAGACUAUGGACACCUCCUAAAGCAUGUGUACUUUAUUUUCCCAGCAUAAGUUUGCCCACCCCAACUCCCCAUAAUUCCUUAGAAGACAUGGCAUGUUUUUUUUUUCUCUCUCUCGUUGUUUUCAAUAAAAAUUGAGUUGUGAAGGA